AGUUUAUCAUUGCCAAUGCACAGGUGGAGAACUGUGCCAUCAUUUUCUGUAAUGACGCUUUCUGUGGGAUGUGUGGUUACACCAGAGCUGAGAUCAUGCAGAAGCCCUGCACCUGCAGCUUCCUGUAUGGACCUCACACCAAGAGAACAGCGAUGGCCCAGAUGGCUAAAGCUCUGCUGGGAGCAGAGGAGAGGAAGGUGGAGAUUUCUCUCUACGCUAAAGAUGGAGUGUGUUUCAGCUGUGCAAUAGACGUGGUUCCUGUGAAGAAUGAAAACGGCCUGGUCAUCAUGUUCAUCCUCAACUUUAAGCUUCCCACUGACCCCAGAGCAGCCAGCAGCUCCCCAGCCAGAGAGCUGCACAGAGUACUGCCGAUCCCCUGCCUCCCCCUGGCUGGGCGGCAGCGUCUGCGCCUCCUCCUGCGCUCCCUCAGCCCCGGGACGGGGGUCCUGUCCCAGGACACAGAGCUAGGGGCUCCUCAUGCUGACUUCCCUCUCCUUGGACACGAGUCUGUGGCCCUGGACAAACUGCUGUCCCCUCCUGAGAGACAGCAGCUGGAGGAGACGGGAGCUGGACUACUGCUGUGGGACAAAGAGGACGAGGAGGAAGGGAUGAGAGUGGGGCGAAGAGGAGGAGAGAGGGGCAGCUCUCUGGCAGCCAGGCGAAGGAGCGAGGGAGACAGAAAGAGAAGAGGAGGAUAUAAUUGUGGGCUGCUGGUGGAUACAAGUGCAGGAGAAGGAGGGAGUGUGCCCCCAGCUCCAGCCUCAGCACCCCCAACACUGGCCCUGCCACUUGCCUCCUCAAAGGCUCCACCAAACAAGCAUCCUUCCAGCAGGUUAGAUGGCAUCCGUGGGACAUUAAAACAUUCCUCCUCAGUGGAUGCUAUCAAGAGUGGGCAGAGUUACUGGGAAAAGACACGGCAGCUGAGAAACAGCUGUAAUGCUGGUAUGGGAACCAUUAGAAAGAGCAGUGUGCCAGUUGGGACAUCAGACACUGAUUCAUGCUGCCUAACUAACAGCCAGCAGAUGACCCAGAGCCUACUGGACACAAAGACAGACGCCUUUGUGGCAUUACAUCCUGGUGAAAUCAGACCUCCCUGCAAACUGAUCGACAGAACACACCAUGUCACUGAGAAAGUCACCCAGGUGCUGUCUCUGGGUGACGAUGUGUUACCAGAGUAUAAACUGCAGACUCCUAGGAUCCAAAAGUGGACCAUCCUUCACUACAGUCCGUUCAAAGCUGUGUGGGACUGGGUCAUUUUGCUCUUAGUCAUUUAUACAGCCAUAUUCACUCCUUAUUCUGCUACAUUUCUACUAAGUGACCAGGAGGAGGCAGCCAUGCAGACUUGUGGUUACUCCUGUUCACCCCUUAAUGUUGUGGAUCUUAUAGUGGACAUCAUGUUCAUUGUUGACAUCAUCAUCAACUUCAGGACCACAUAUGUCAACUCCAAUGAUGAGGUGGUGAGCAUGUCUUCUCGGAUUGCUGUCCACUACUUCAAAGGGUGGUUCCUCAUUGACAUGGUGGCAGCCAUUCCCUUUGACCUCCUCAUCUACCGCUCAGGAGAGGAGGUGGUUAGGGCAGGUGGAGAGGGAGAGACCACCACACUGAUUGGCUUACUGAAGACAGCUCGGUUACUGCGAUUGGUUCGUGUAGCCAGGAAGUUGGACCGUUACUCAGAGUAUGGUGCAGCUGUGCUCUUCCUCCUCAUGUGCACCUUCGCCCUCAUCGCCCACUGGCUGGCCUGCAUCUGGUAUGCCAUAGGUAAUGUGGAGAGGUCGACCUCGGCUGGGAUCGGCUGGUUGGACAAUCUUGGUGAACAGCUGGGGACGCCGUACAAUGACUCCAUCAUCGGGUCGGGUCCUUCCAUUAGAGAUAAAUAUGUCACAGCUUUGUACUUCACCUUCAGCAGUCUGACCAGUGUAGGCUUUGGGAACGUCUCCCCAAACACCAACUCUGAGAAGAUCUUCUCCAUCUGCGUCAUGCUUAUUGGCGCUUUGAUGUAUGCCAGUAUUUUUGGUAAUGUGUCAGCCAUUAUCCAGCGGCUGUACUCUGGUACAGCUCGCUACCAUGCCCAGAUGAUGAGAGUUCGAGAGUUCAUCCGCUUCCACCAGAUCCCCAACCCUUUGAAGCAGCGGCUGGAAGAGUACUUCCAACACGCGUGGUCAUACACUAAUGGGAUAGACAUGAACGCUGUUUUAAAAGGUUUCCCAGAGUGUCUCCAGGCAGAUAUUUGUCUCCACCUAAACAGGUCACUGCUGCAAAACUUUAAGGCUUUUAAAGGAUCCACUAAGGGCUGUCUGAGGGCCCUAGCUAUGAGGUGUAAGACCACCCACGCUCCUCCUGGUGAUACCCUAGUGCAUGCCGGAGACUUGAUAUCAGCUCUGUACUUCAUCUCCAGAGGAUCCAUAGAGAUCCUCAAAGGAGACGUGGUGGUAGCUAUACUGGGGAAGAAUGAUAUCUUCGGAGAGCCCAUUAAUCAGUACACUCUGCCAGGACAAUCCAGAGCUGACGUCAGAGCUCUGACCUACUGUGAUCUGCACAAGAUACACAGAGAGGAUAUGCUGGAGGUUCUGGGCAUGUAUCCUGAAUUUUGUGAAUAUUUCUGGUCCAACUUGGAAAUCACCUUCAAUCUCAGAGAUGUGAAUAAUGAAGCUGUGGGUUUUCUGGGUAAAGAAGACUCGGUCGUUGAAGGAUUAAGCAGACCACAAAGAAAACACAAACUCUCUUCCACACACACAGCUGCAGGUGACACCAUGACAGCGGGGAGACAGAGUGCUGCCUACACAUGUGGAAAUAGACACAGUAUUUGGGAGCAGCAGCGUGCCAGAGAUGAUCAUCAACAUACGCUUGACGAUGAAGGGGAGGAAUCAGAGGGGACCCCCAUGAUUAAUGCUGCUGCCACAAACACUGCAACAUGUCCCGACACAGACAGGAAAGAGAAGACCUGGAACCCUUUAACAGGCAAGUGCAAAGAUGCAUUCAAGGCACAGAUACAUGGAAAAAUUCAGUGUAUAGUGGUAACACCUGUAUGGAAGUAA